AUGACUCGAUAUACAACCAAGUUUGAUCGCUUUGCUAAAUUGGCCUAUGGGAUUGUGCCAACCGAUUUUAGUAAGAAGGAAAAGUACUUGGUAGGGUUAAAUGCCAAGAUUAAGCAUUAUUUGGUUAUUACUACAAAUGACACCACAACCUAUGCUGAAAUUGUUGACAAGGCUCUUCAAGCUGGAGGAGCAGUUAAGUUCUUGCAAGAAACCCGAGAGAUUCCUGGUGCUGGUGGGACCACUACUCUUCCUAUUUUUGGCUCUAGAAAAGAGAGUGGUGAUUCCACUAUUGAGCAAAAGAAGAGAACUUUCCCAUCUUCGGGGAGUUCAGAGCAAGGUAAAAGGUUUCAAGAAAACCAGGGUAAAGGGGGACGUCAGACUUACUCCUAUCCUGAGUGCCCGCGCUGCAAGAAACAUCAUCCUAGGACUAGUAACCGAAGAGCUUAUAUUCAAGGUGGAUCGGUGGGGCACCUCAGGAAAGAUUGUCCCCAAUUGAAGAAAGAGGAACCUAAGCUUGAAGCUAAGCCUGCACCAGCACGUGUAUUUGCCAUCACUCAGGCAGAUGCUGCCGCCAGCCCUACAGUAGUCACAAGUCAGCUUCUUAUCAACGGUUUUGCUUUUACAGUUUUAUUUGAUUCGGGUGCUACACGAUCAUAUAUAUCAUCAAGAGUUCUUAAUCAGCUUGGUAGGCCUAGUGAUAUAUUUGAGAUGGGAUUUGGAACCCUAUUGCCUAAUGGGGAAUUAAUUAUUUCAAGAAAGUGGGUUAGAUCGGUGUUAAUUAGGGUUGAAGACAGGAAAUUGAGCGCUGAUCUUGUGGAGUUACCAUUGGCCAAGUUUGAUAUUAUACUCGGGAUGGACUUUUUUUCCAAAUACUCUGCUAGUAUUAACUGCAAACAGAAAAUGGUAACUUUCCAACCGGACAAUGAGGAACCAUUUAUUUUUGUUGGUUCGGUUCAAGGUUCUCGUGUCCCAAGAAUCUCAGCAUUGAAAGCUAAGGAUUUAUUACGCAGUGAGUGUGUAGGAUUCCUAGCGGUUGUAGUGGAUUUUAGUAAACCAGUGUUACUUGGACCUGAAGAGGUUAAAGUGGUUAAGGAAUUCCUGGAUGUGUUUCCAGAGGAAUUACCGGGGUUACCACCUCAGCGGGACAUAAAUUUUAUUAUUGAUCUAAUACUUGGGGCAGAACCUAUUUCAAAAGCACCUUACCAAAUGGCACCUGCAGAACUAAAAGAACUGAAGAUACAACUUCAAGGAAUGCUGGAUUUAGGGUUCACCCGACCAAGUGUGUCUCCUUGGGGAGCUCCAGUCCUAUUUGUAAAGAAGAAAGAUGGGACCCUUCGAAUGUGUAUUGACUAUCGAGAGAUAAACAAGUUAACCAUUGAAAGCAAAUAUCCUUUACCUAGAAUUGACUAUCUGUUUGAUCAACUUCAAGGCAAGAUGGGGCAUAUUGUCAGAAAGGACAGGAUUAUGGUCGACCCAUGGAAGAUUGAAGUAGUGAAGAAUUGGCCUAGACCAAAAACAGUCGCUGAAGUUCGUAGUUUUCUCAGUUUAGCGGGUUACUAUCAUCGUUUUGUGGAAGCCUUACCGUGUGAUCAAGAGAAAUUUGUGGUGUAUUGUGAUGCAUCAAGGCAUGGUUUGGGUUGUGUGUUAAUGCAGGCAGAUAAAGUCAUAGCCUAUGCUUCACAACAACUGAAAGAUUAUGUGCAGCGCUAUCUAACUCAUGACCUGGAGCUUGCAGCAGUGGAUCUGAACAUGAGACAAAGGAGGUGGUUAGAACUAGUGAAGGACUAUGACUGUGAAAUCCUGUAUCAUCCUGGAAAGGCAAAUGUUGUGGCAGAUGCCUUAAGUCGGAAAGGACCUGAUCAGACUUUCAAUAUGGUAAUGAUUUCUCCUAAAUUAGCCUCGGAGAUGUCUAGGGAAAAUAUUGAAUUCGUGAUCGAGAAGUUGCAUAAUCUGACACUUCAGUCAGACUUGUUGGAAAGAAUUAAAGUGGCACAACUAGAAGACCCUGAAUUGCUUAAGUUUCGAGAAGAUGUCUUAGCAAGCAAAGCUAAGGACUUUUCGAUCUCUUAUAGUGGAAUAUUGUUGUUUAAAACUCGUGUGUGUGUCCCUGGUAACAAUGAGCUUAAGAAAGAGAUUCUGGAUGAAGCUCACACUACCCCUUACUCGUUGCAUCCGGGAACCACCAAGAUGUAUCAAGAUCUGAAGCCAUAUUUUUUGUGGUAUGGGAUGAAGAGGGAUGUGGUUGAUUAUGUCACUAAGUGUUUAACCUUGGAUCAGUAUGCUGAUCUGUAUGUGAAGGAGAUUGUUCGCUUUCAUGGGUUACCAAAGUCUAUCGUUCCAGAUAGAGACCCUAAAUUUACCUCGAAGUUCUGGGUGAGUUUGCAAAAGGCCAUGGGAAAUAAUUUGAAGUUCAGCACGGCCUUUCAUCCUCAAACAGAUGGGCAAUUUAAGCGAACUAUUCAGAUACUUGAAGACCGGUUACGAGCUUGUGUCAUGGAUUUCGGAGGGUCAUGGAGCAAGUAUUUGCCUCUGAUUGAGUUCUCCUAUAAUAAUAGCUAUCAAAGUACUAUAGGAAUGGCUCCUUAUUAG